AUGUGGAAGCUCGUACUCUCGGUCCUCCUCGCUUCGCUCGCUCAGGCUCAAAUUCGUCCUGGGGAUGAGACGUGCGUCAUGCAUGACUCGACUUCUUGUGCGGUCGACAACCUCACUGCGUCCGCACUUGACCGCAGUAUCAUCAUCUACCCUGGGGGCGACACGCGCUGUGCCUUUGAUGACUUUUCCAGCCCCGACGUGGCGUUUUCGACGAAUUCGACCUACUUUUUCCAAGUCUUCCCUGCUCCGAACCAGAGCAAGUCGAAGCUGAUGCUGUAUUUUCAGGGGGGCGGUGCCUGUAUCGACGACAUCACCUGUGCCUUUGGUCUCCAGUGUGCACAACAGACGUUCAACCCGAAUGCCGCGGCUCUAAGUACCGGUGUGUUAAACCGCUCGGACGACCAGAACCUGUUUAACGACUACACUAUCGUGCACCUGCCGUAUUGUACUGGUGACCUCCACAUUGGUCGUCGAGUCAACACUAUCGUCGAUAGUCCGCUGUACCUGCUGCUCAAUCAGCCGGAAUGCCAGAACCAGAACAUGACUUUGCACCAGGUUGGCUACAAUAACACCAAAGCUGUGCUCGAAUGGACCAUGGCGAACUACCCGAACCCAGAUGAGAUCAUCAUUGGUGGCUCCAGUGCUGGAUCGCUCGGUGCUCAGGCUCUCAGUGCUCUUGUAGCUCAUAUGUGGCAGGUCGAGGCGAAGAACACUCGAUUCUCGGUGCUUGCUGAUAGCUACGUCGGGGUGCUGCCCAGUGAUUAUAGUGCUGGCAAACUCAUUUCGUACUACGGCUCAUGCGAGCUGGACUUGAAGAUGCCGGCCAAGCUGUGGGACCAGUGUGAUGACAACGAGCUGACCGUAGCAGAAAUGAUGUCCUUCAUGAUUGAGGACUUGCCAACUGCUCAGUGGCUGUUUAUCAGCAGCAAGGGCGACGUGAUCCAGCGCACCUUUUACGAGCUGGUGGACGAAGGCGUUCUCGCGUUCCCGUUUGCUCGUCUCAUCAGUGAAGAAGACUUCUUCUCGGAAACGACAGCCAUUAUCGACGUGUACAAGAACGUUAGCGACGAGGUCUCGACGUUUUAUGUGGACGGCACUCAUCACGUGUUCCUCACUGAGAACAACUACUAUCGUAACGCUACCCGCAGCCCCGGAGGUAUGCUGCUGGGCGAUUUCUUGAAGGCUUGGCUGGCGACCAACUCGUCACUUGACGGCUCUGCUUCGGUCGGGAUGCUACCCGCUAGCGACAGCGAUACCGACUCGGAUGAGUCGGCAGCCGUAAGCUUCAACAGUAUGCUGCCAACCGUAGUAGUGGUUGCAAUCAUCUUGAUGCUCGUGGCAUAA